GUUGUCGAGGCAAAGGUAAGUACCAAUAGGUAGACUAGACGAAUGUUCGUCUGAAGAGCUAGGCUUUCCCCCUCCUUGGUCCUUCGGAGUUGACCCCUCUUUCUUGGAGCUCGCCAUAUUCCAUCACUAUCUACUCACACGUCCACGCAUCGACCGUCUCAUGAAUAACACCUCAAUCCGUCCCAUAACCAUCCGUCUUUCUCCCGACCCGCUUGAUAGCUUGUAGCUAUACGGAUAAUCGCUUUCGGUAUUAUUCGCAGCUAGAGCUUGAAUCUCGUUGCUGGGCGUCAUCAUGUCCCCACAGGCAAAAGCACUUGUUGCAUCGCUGGCGGGGUUUUUAUUUUUAUUUUUAUUUUUGUAACAAAAUUUUAUCUCUUCAACACAAGCCGCCAUGCCAAGUUCGAGGAUCAACCCUUAAUGGCAAUUCAUAACUUUGACGUCUACGUACGGCCACGGAGACGGCAAAGAAUCAAACCAGAAACAAAAAAGGGUACCAUCCCCACAGUAGUUGCUAUCGCCGCACCCCGCACUCUUUUGAACCCCGACAUCUUCCGAACUUCGACUCGGGCGGACGUGCCCCCAGGCCGCGUGAGAGCUUCAUUGGACCGGAUUCAUCCCGACAUCAAACGGACUAGAAAUAGGCCAUUGUCAUACCUGCACAGCCGCAGUUAUUCUAAACUACAAAAAAAAAAUCACGCCAUCAUUCGUGCGCACGUUAAAAAAGGC